AAACCACGAUGCUUGUCGUCUCGUAGCUGUCGACGACGUCUUUCUCUUCUUCCUCCCUUCGGGUUCGGAGGUUGUCUGUCUGUCGUGUCUCACGAGCAUCGCAUCUCGACGCUGACCGGCGACGCCUUACCUUUCCAUUCUCAACCUCACUUAUAUCUUUCUCACACUCGCUAAUACGCCCUCUCUCGCACCUACAACCCUCACGCUCACGAGAUCCUUCGCUUCCUUCUCCGUUUUUUUUUGUUUCCGACUUUCUGAUACCCGAUACCCCUUGGUUCGUUCGUGCAUCUUGCGGCUUCCUCCGACCAGUUCCAAACUCUAUUAGACUUUGCUUGACACAUCACCUGCGUCAAACUACAAGUGGUGCUCGGUAAGUGCGAACGACGAUCUCUUGGGUCACAGGCCUGAGGGGCAAUCUUUGGUAGCCUACAUUAGGUCGAGCAUCGGGAUGGGAUGUACUGAUCACACAUGCCUUGUGGUAGCUUCUCUUCCGUCAUUGAGGUUGAACACUUGACGCAUUCGCCCCGCCUCCUCACUUCAGCCAAACCCAUCAGGUGUCCAGAGCUCCACCCCCUCACAAGCCCACACUGCCUUGAGGGGAUGCCGGUUGGAAAUACCGACUGCGAACCCUCACUCUAGUGCAAGACCUUUGGGUCUUGAGUGUCUGGUAAGUUGUUUCUGUUGAACAUGGUUUCACCCUUCAUGCCCCGCCCCUUCAUGAACACAAGUCUCCCAAUGCCGGACCUGUCCCAAGAACGGCAUCUCAUAAUAUAUCAUGCUAUAACUUCAACUCUGGGCGCACGAAAGCCCUACGCAUAUUCCACAGCAUCAGCUUUGACGUUUGGGAAGUGGGGGUAACCCCGUGCCUUAUGCAACAUCUUGCAGGAUCGCUGUUUCAAACACACUGACCUUGGGGAACACUACUAACUGCGCGGACAUGGCCACUCAGUCCGAAGGCAUUAGUGAUCACCGUUGCAUCCUCUUCCGAGGUCCGUUCUAAUACCCGACAACUGAUCGGUUGGUGGAAAUGUGCUAGACUUCUUCGCCUGUAUCGAGUACGAGGCGGCAUCUUUCUGCAGAACCGAGAUAUCAAGAGGCCGCAAAGAUGGUUGGCGCAUGGGAAACCGAAGAUGAGUCGACCGUACCGGUUGCGUCCUUGCCGACACCUGCAGACACACCUUACCGAGUCCCUUCGCGAAACGUAUCACGAGGCUCACGCAAGUCAAAACGCUCGGUGACCCCCCCCGGGAAGAAUGGAAAGAGUCGAUCACCAGCGCCGCUCAAUGGUGAGAGGAUGGAUAGGGCGUCGAUGAUGUCUGCAAGAGAGUUUUGCUCUGAUGAGCCGGUCAGUAUUGACAGCAAACGUUUUACGCCAACGUUGCAUGCCAAUCUGGUAUCGGAGAUUCUGUCCCUAAGAAGAGAUCAGGAGGACAAGUUGAAGCUCAUUGAAAGCCUGGAAUCUUCAUUGGAUGCUGUUCGAGGGGAAUCCGAGUCUCUUCAGGCCAGGGUGGUAUCUACAGACAAGGAGAGCCGGUCAUUAAAACGUCAGUUGGUCUUGCUGGAAGGUGGAACGUCCUCGGCACUUGGUGAGUUGGCUCGAGAACGUGACGAGGCUGUCGACUCAGCUGCCGAGACCAAAAAACGACUCGACAUCACCCAGAAGAAGCUGAGGAACCAGGAGGAGGAUUCGGAACGGGUACAUCGACAAUGGGAAAAGGAAAAGGACGAAUGGGAAGAGGAGAAAAGAAAGCUGGAGCGGAAGAUUCACGUUGCGGAAAGUCGACUGAAGGCGGUGAUUGAUGAAGUCACAGCAUUCCAAGCCGUCCAAGUCGCUGGAGAGAAUGGGAUACUCAAUCAUCACGAGAGCGAAGGCGAGGAGAGCGGCAGGGAGAAUGAUGCCGCCAGUGUCCGAACCAUGAGUUUGACCAGCAAUACCAGGUUUUCGCUCUUAGCUUCCCCCAAGACGAACGGGAUGAACUCUCUGGCCGACGAGCUGGAUGGAUUUGACGAGGAGAGCAAUUAUGGUGGUCGGGAGAGUGUGCUGUCUAAUGGGCCUCAUCGCACACAUUUACGCAACAUGAGCCGGGACAGCAUCAUGUCCAAGACGCACAGGAGAGGACAGAGCAAUGAUAGCUUGAUGAGAUCCGGAAGCGUGCAUCGAUCAAGGCUUGCUUUUAGCGCUACGGCUCUAGAGAGGCUGGAGGGCGGCACCAUUCAAGAGGGUGACGAGACUGAGUCAGUAGCCCCAAAGGCUGUGUACGUCGACACUGGUGUUCAGCCAUCGCCUCCGCCGUCACCAACAAUCACUGCAGUGAAACCAACAACACCCGAGCCCUCACCCUUCAUGCAGAGAUAUGAAAGAUUGUACAACAUGAACAGCCCGCCCCGUGCUGAUCUCGAAAUUGAAGCAAACCAGAGAAAGAAGCGGGUGCAAAUUGGCCAGCCGCUUGCCAUCAAGACAUCGACCAGCAAUUUGAUGGUCAAUGGAUCCUCUCAAACACUGGAACAGCCCCUGAGUCCACCAAAGACACCCAGGACGCCUUUCCAAGAUUUGCCCCCAACGCCAAAGCCUCAAAUCCCUGCCAUGGUCUCUUCAUCUACCCAGACAGAGGACAUUGCCCCACCGCUCCAGCUUCCAGUUCUGUCGAUUCCCAGCAUUAGCAUCAUUCCUCCUUCAAGCCGUCCCAGCACACCUAGACAGCCUCUCUUGCCGCAGUUGACCAAAGACUUUGGCUGCCAAGUUUCCUUGAUCUCUAGCCCACCUACAGCAUCAUCUUCUAUGCAGACAGAGGAAAUCCGUGUGGACAAGCGUUUGGCCAAGUUGCCUCCACACCUGCACCCGUCAGCGAUCACGUCACGGCCAGUCUCGCCAGCUUUACCCACACCAGAUUUACCCACCGAUGACUUCCGGAAAUUCACUCUAGUUCCUGGAGAUGUGCCACCACCUCGCAACCCCCGCCGGUUGACCAGCAAGCGAAGCAUCGUUGAUAUUCCAUCGUCGCCGCCUGUUGUUUCUUCCCCUGUGUCAGAAGAAGCUAGAGAUGUUUAUCCUGGCAACAAUGACAAUGGACCAGUAUCAAGCCGAUCUGCCGCAAUCAGGAGGCCGCAUAGAAUCAGCAGCCUGUUUGCCGGCUUUGAUGGCAACAGCACGGAUGAGGGUGACGAGUUUAUGGAUCUCGACGUCAGCGACUCGGAGUACAGGACAGCAUUAUCUGCGCCUUCGGCUCCUAGGACCAUAGAUAGCUCGAGCAGGAUGGGCAAACGAGGCUCUGAGACCUCCGAGUCUGCUUUCUCACCCAAGGCGAACAGCGGAUACUCGCCGCGUCUGAUUGAUGAGCCUGAUGGCUAUGGUGGCUACGGCUCGACCAACAUUAUCUCUCAGACUCGCGAGACCCAGGACUCGGGGAUCAACAGCUCGGGCUCUCGCCGUGGCGGACCCCGCCCAGCGUUUGGAACCAAGGCCAGUGUUAUGCGCAGAGCUGCCUUGAUCCAGAGCGGCAUCAACUCACACUCGAGGGCUAGAAGCCCAAGUCUGACAGAUACCAAGGAGCCACCAUUCCCGAUCCCCACACGCGCCAGCUCGAGGAAACCGCCAUUGAGCGGUAGCGCUCCAAGUGAAGGACGAAGCCCGAGUAGAGGGUCGGAUACUUGGCACAAACGAGGCUCGAGCCGGAGUCAUUAUCGCGCUGGUAGCAUUCGCAAGGUGCGCUCAGCCACAGGUCUCCCGCGUGGGCAGAGGCGUCGGCCAUCUCGCUCACCGUCUCGUUUCAACGAGUCGGUCGAUAUCCCCGAGAGCCCGGAUCUUCCCCCAUUGCCAUCAAAUGACAUUACUACGCCCCGGCACAAGGAGUCCAAUACGUACGCCAAGUAUAGGUCCCACAGGUCCCAGCCCUCGUCCAACACGGCAACCACUGGGGAGACGACCGCCGCUUCGCAGGCAGAACCGAAGGAGAAGGCAUUUACGGUUGUGGAAGCGAUUGCUCAGACGAUGGUGGGUGAGUGGAUGUACAAGUAUGUGCGGAGACGCAAAUCGUUUGGGAUGGCAGAUGUCAAGGGUGGCGAUGACACCAGCAAUGAUCGUCACAAGAGAUGGGUUUGGCUUCAGCCAUAUGACCGUUGUAUCCUCUGGAGCAGCAAGCAACCGACCACGGGAGGUGCUCUUCUGGGCAAAUCUGGCCGCAAGCUCACGAUUCAAUCCGUCAUCGAUGUCAAGGACGACAAUCCGCCUCCCAGGGGAGCUGGUCCGCUAUUCAACAGGUCUAUCUUGAUCCUGACGCCGCAACGCGCCCUCAAGUUUACGGCUUCCAGCGCCGAGCGUCAUUACAUCUGGUUGAACUCGCUUUCAUUCCUUGCCCACUCCAACCAGGCCAUCCCGGAGAGUUUGCCCGUGCCACAAGCGAAGCCAUCGCCGGAGCAGUAUGAGUUGCCCAAGCCCAAAGUACGGCGACCGAUUAGAGACUCGAUUCGCCUUACCAAGGCCAAGACCGGAGCGCCGGUGAUCAAGUCUGAUCCCAUCGAGCCCUCAUCAUCAUUGGAGGUGGACAGCGCACCCCCCGCCAUCGGGGGCUACCGGCCACCGAUGCCUGAUCUCUAUUCCAUUCCAUCCCACACGCGCGAGGAAUCCACAGACACGGCUGCACCACCUCCCAUCACACGGUAUGGCGAGCGUGGAGUACACGGCCGCAAGCGUAGCAACACUGGCGGCCACGUGCCACCACCGCUCUCCUUCCGAGGCUUCUCGGGAGGCUUCUCGACACCGCUAGGAGGUGGAGGCCACCAUGCCUCAUCGAAUAGUACGGCAGGAAACAGCAUUGCGGGAUCAUCGGAUGUUUAUAGCAAUGCAGCGGCGAGCGCCAUCACAGGGGCAUCCAGCGCCAUCACCUGGGGAACAGGGUCGGUGCGGACCUCUGAAGCUUCGAACCGGCCAAACGGUCCCAAUUUCUUUGACGCCAUUGGCACUGUGCGCAUGGAGGCCUUUAUCAGCCCUCUAGCGUUCAGCCGAUUCAGCGAUACCCCGUAUGAGGAUGCCCAUGAGCGGGACGACGACUGUCGACAUGCUGCUCGUAGGAGGAGCAAGGAGUCGAGGCGUCAAGCCAGCCGGAGCCGACAACGGGACAGCUACCACAGCCGAGGUACCAGAGCAACCACUGAGAAUGAAGUGGAUGAAUGGUAUACGAGGGACGAUCCUUUCAAGGGCUUUUGAUCUUUUUCUUAAUCACUAUUGCAGUCAUGACUGACGUCGAUUUUUUUUUGUCAUUUCUAUACAAGCGUUGGGCGACAUCUCUAUCCAAAAGACAUGAGUUUCUCUUGGGAGUUUCAAAAGAUGGGAAAGCUACAACGUUAAUUUGGGGGGCGGGGGGGGCGAGGGUAUCAUUAUCAGGGAGGUGGGAAAGAGUGAUACCAUUUACCGCACGCACGCACGCAACACAGCUGAAGCCAUCAUUGAUAUGUGGCUAUAUUUUCCUUUCUCUCUUACCAUUCGAUGUAUUUGUUUUUAGUUUUAUUUUGGACGUGUACCUAUCUAGAAGAUCUGCAGGUGGACGGAUGGACUGGUAUUGUGUUUAUACAGGCAGGCCGCGAGGCUGGGCACUGUUGACUGAGGGUGUGGAAAAUGUGGAGAGGGGUACGGUGAUGAUUGCAGAGUCAUGCGGUGGUCAAUGUCGCAGAGCUUUUUGGGCAAGUUAUUUGCAUUAGCGAGCGCAACAUAGCAGCAGGCAGCGUUAUUUUUAAAAGCACCGGUUUUGUUUAUCUUGGGUGUGGUUGUUUGUGUUUUGUGUGUUUGUUACCCCUUUAAUGUCGUGCGUAUUGAUUUUCAAGAUUGGAGUGCUGACGAGGUGUAUAUAGAUGAUAGGCAGACACUGUCUUUCACAGGAUGAUGAUGAUGAUGACACUAGAAAGAGAC